UAAAUUUAAUACAUGUGAAAAUAUGGUUUCACGUUUAAAAUUUAAGAUCAACAUUCAAAAACAGCUAUUUCACAUUUAAAAUGCAAAUUUGACAUGUGUUUUUUUUUUGUAAGAGUCUACCCAGCUACUCAUUGGCUGGGUUCACAGACAGGGAGGAGCUCUUCCUCUCUGGCUGUUGUUGCUGCAGGCAUAGUGAAGGAAAAAGACAGAGAGCGAGCACGCGCAAGAGAGAGAGAAUUAGGGGGAGGAGAGGACAGUACCAUUGCUGCAUCAGUGCCACAGCAGAGUGGAGCAGUAAACGACUCUCGUGUCCUCCCUAUUCUUCUACUCUAAACACUCAAUGGCUCAGCCUCACAAGAGGUUUGGAAUCAGAGACUGGAGCGCCUAGAGACAUAUCCGUCACAACUGGAUGCUCUACUAUCCUCUUAUUCUCUUGUCUGUGGAUGCUGUGGGAUUUUGGAUAUUGAAUACGUCUUUCUUUGCAUCUCUCCUGCUAGGCUCGACUGCUGCUGCUGCUACUUUUAGAGGUUUGCAACACUGUUUUGGUUGGAAUGUGUUUCUGGCUGCUGGCGACAGUUUUUGUCUGUGAAAUCUCUCUCUAUACUGGUUGUAUUUUCACAAAGGAGUUAUAGAUCUAGACUUUUUGAUUGGCCUCCGGGACUCCUUGAACUCCACCUGCUGGUAUUGUACAGGGCAUGCACAGAAGUUGACGUCCAUAGAUUGUGUUUGUGUGCAAACUCAGCUUUUCUCACCUCUGCAGCUUAUUGGUAAGGAGAGAAGAAUAGAGGUGGAACCGACACAAGUAGUGAGACAGACUCUACUGCAGCCCCUGUGUACUGUACACACCAGAGCCUGCAUGUGCUAGGUUAGCCCACCAGAAGGCUGGCCAGUACCAACACAAGACUCAAGCACGUACACACACACACACACCCAGAGACACACACUCAUAAACAGCAACAUACUCUGCUGUAAGAGGAUGACGUUUGCUGUAAUACUGCAUUGCACUCUGGGGCCAGAAAAGUGAAAGAAGAGACGAAAAGAAGAGGAUCAGAAGAGAAGAGGAGGGGAAGAAAACUACCAUCUGGUAGCAGCUCACCUCCAUGGGGAAACGGAAGUAGAGGAGCACGGAUUGAUGAACUGGCAGAAAGAGAUAAUGACCAUUGUGAGAGAGCACAGCUAAACUGACAGUCUGUCUAAAGAGAGAGAUAACUGGCGGACUGUUUAAAGAGAGAUAAAGACCGUAGUGAGAUGAGAGCAGAACUGAACAUGAACUCUUCCUCGUCCGAUGUGAACCAAAGCAGCUCUCCUUUCUGCCUGCUGGGCCUGGGCUACUCCCAUACCCUCAACACUUGCGUGCUGGAGGCGGCCGUCAUUCUCUUCCUCACUAUCCUCAUCAUCAGCGGCAACCUGGUGGUGAUCUUCGUGUUCCACUGUGCUCCGCUGCUCCACCACCACACCACCAGCCACUUCAUCCAGACCAUGGCCUAUGCAGACCUCCUGGUGGGGGUGAGUUGCCUGGUGCCCUCCCUGUCCCUGCUUCACUACCUCAAGGGGUUGGACGAGGAGCUCACCUGUCAGGUGUUCGGCUACCUGGUGUCCGUGCUGAAGAGCGUGUCCAUGGUGUCUCUUGCGUGUAUUAGUGUUGACCGCUACAUCGCCAUCACACAGCCGUUCUCCUACGCCACACUGGUCACACCAUGCCGCCUGCGCGUCUGCAUUGGCCUCAUCUGGCUCUACUCCGCCCUCAUUUUCCUGCCCUCCUUCUUCGGCUGGGGGAAGCCCGGCUACCAUGGGGACAUAUUUCGCUGGUGUGCGACCUCGUGGCAGACCGAUCCGGGCUUUAGCUCGUUCAUCGCGGCUCUGCUGUAUGCGCCGGCCGCCCUCACUGUGUGUUUCACCUAUGGGAGUAUCUUCCGUAUCUGCCGUCAGCACACCCGGGAGAUCACCCAGCGCCAUGCACGCUUCGGCCCCCAGGAGAGCGAAAGGGGCGAGCAUUGCGAAGGGUGCCCGGAUAAACGCUAUGCCAUGGUGCUGUUCCGAAUCACCAGUGUGUUCUACGUGCUCUGGAUGCCCUACAUCCUUUACUUCCUGCUGGAGAGCACCAGACUCUACCGCCACCUGGUGGCCUCAUUCCUCACCACAUGGCUAGCCAUCAGCAACAGCUUCUGCAACUGCCUCAUCUAUAGUCUCUCCAACAGCGUGUUCCGGAAGGGCCUGGGCCGCCUGUUCAGGCAACUCUGCUCCCCCUGUCAGGGACUGGGCUGCUGCAUGGAGGGGAAGAAUGGUCCCGCUCUACCCAGGCCGCUCCCGGCCCCAGCCUGCCAUGUGUAACAAUCUCCUACAGACACUGUCUAGUUGGUUAGCUACCCACUGGGCACAGACAUCAGUUCAACGUCUAUUCCAUAUUGGUUCAAAGUCAUUUCAUUGAAAUGAUGUGGAAACAAUGUUGAUUCAACCAGUGUGUGCCCAGUGGGUACAGUAAGCUUUGGCCUUGGCUUUGGCUUCAGCCCCUGGUGAGUGCAGUGUAUUACUACUACAUUGCAUGUGACAGGUUGUAUUUCUACAGUAGUAGUACAUAGAGCUCCCUAUGGCCAGGUCAGAGGGGUGGUGUGCAGGCAGGAGCUGGAGGGGUCUUCUUCUGGAGUGUUCUCCCAAGCGGGGCUGCCUAUUUCUGGCUGGGUGGAUCACCACCACGUGUGGAGGAGAAGGUUUGUGGUUGUAUAUAUGGAUAUCAGAAUGGAGCUGAGGGGAAAAAAAAGGCACACAGUUCACUGUGGGUUUUGAAGAGGAGCAACUCCAAUCUUACAGCUUUGGUGCCGAGUUUAGGUGUGCCUGUGAACCUAAUAUCUUCCCAAUGCAAAAAAAAGGACAAUAACAGCACAACAUGACUUGUACUGUGUAAACCACUGUAGUGCAAAAAGUUAUUUCAACAUUGAUUCAAGACUGUUUAAUUGUCUUCGUUCUUUCAGGGUAGACAUUAGUGAUGCAAAAAAGUAUUUUAGAAACAUAAAAGCACUUGAAAUAUACUGUUUUUCUUCUCUUAUAUUGCGACAAAUAGUUUACAUUUUGUAGCAGUAUGAUAAUCUGAUAAUGAUGUUGUGCGCUACAGUAGGCUGUAGCAUACAGAGAGGACUACUGGCGUGAAAAGGACAGGGAACAGUUGGUUUCCUAGAAAAAAAUACUUGAGGUUUAUUCAGUAGCCUGUGUGUAUUUUAUGAAUGAUUUAGCAGAUUUUUGCAAGAUGGCAUUCUGGUUUAACAUGGACCACCAAUUCAUUGUGAAUUCUCAGCAAGGAGACAAGUUGAUUUAUUUGAGUAUUUUAUUCUCUGUCCAUGUUUCCUGAGGUCGAACAUCAGUUGUUUGUUUACCCUUAAUGGCUGAUGCAUUUAGACUGGUCUUGAGGCUACAUAAUCUGACAGCAAUAACAUAAGUAAGAUUUUCUUAUAGAUUGGAAUUGCAGCAUGUUAAGCACGCUACCGAUCCAGAUGCAUAACACAGAGACACAAUCAUUACCGUGUGAGUAGUCUUACUGUUGAGCUGUUCUCUCACUCUGUGCCCUUUGGCUCCUGUUAGCUGUACAGAUGAGCUGAGCGGCAGAGCAGCACAUGUACAGUAGGCUACCAGAGGGACAGAUUGUCUUUCUAGAAGGCAGAGGGGUCAUUUAGACAAUGGGUUUUAUACAAAGUAGGUUUAUAUGGAUCUACCGUGGGUCUCGAAGGCUUUUAUGGAAAACAGAGUUGUGAACUGCUAAUAGGUUUUUAUGUGAACUAGGUUUAUGUGCAAAUAUAUGUAAAUAUAUGUAGGAUAGGAGACAAAGACCUUGGACAGUGUACACUUCACUGAAACAUCAAUACAAUAAAGGUUUCAGAGGUGAUUGUGCUGUAUGUGCAGGAGUCUUCUUAUAUGACAAACCUAUACGUACACAGUCAUAGCCAAUCAGUCCCUCACACACACAGUAGAGCAAGUAAGGAGAGUAUGAGAUGGGCCUGCACUGCAGCACUCUGUAUUCUUAUUUCCAAGGACAGCAUGACGGCAUCUUUGUACUAUAGUGUGUAUACAGGUCUUGUAUACAACAUUUGUAUGUUUUAAAAAAUACAUCUGUUCAAGAAUAGUGCUUAACUGUGGUGUUAUGACUGUUGAUAUCCCAGGAUAAUAUAGAAUAAUCAUUGUUUUUUUUUUACAAUAUUAUUUUUCAGAAAUUCUCUAUGCAUGAUGGUAUUUCAGCCAGUGAGAGGUGGGUGAGAUGAUCAAUACUCACUUUAGGAGGAUGCCACUGAAAGCAGUUUUUUUUUUUUCGGCUAUAGUUUACACAAUUUCCUUAACAAUAUAACCAUUGACGGUGUGUAAAUAGCAUAUUAUAUUUCCUUCAGAAAUUCCACCUUUCUGGGAAAGACCUUAGUAGUUCAAGAGAACAGAUAUAUUUUUGUAUGGGUCUCUGUCAGAAACCUUUUAAAGAGUGAAAUUAUUCAGAUUUAGGAAUAUUUUGAGAGGUUUAUUUCACUGUUUUUCCUCCGAGGGGCUGCUUGUAAGGGCUUGUUUCCCUCACCAGUCCCCACAUGCUGCUGUCUGUCUGUCUGUGCAAUAGAAGUUUCUGUCCCCUCCCAACUCUUCUCAAGACAAUGAAAACAUAUCAGCAGUGCUAUAACAAAAGGGCUUUCGUCGUUAUCUGACACGAGCCCGUUGGUCAACUGAAUUAUGAGCAUGUGAUAUUUGAUAUCUAUCGGUAUCUGAUUGAAGAGUAGUUGUCCUUUAUUUGGCCCACAUGACUGUUCUAGAAUGUGAGAGUGUAGUGUGUGUUCUGUUGCGCUCACAUGACUAUAAAUGAGAGUCUUGGUUUUAUUUUGAGAUAACAUGAAAGCCCUUCAAUGGGAGAGUGCAGUACUCAGUGUACUUUAUCUUUGAUGUAGACUGUUUUUAAUU